UGGCAUACCUGCGUUCCAUUUUUUAUCCCCUAAUUCGGCGGUAUAAAAGGUAACCGGGAUCCGCUUCUCUUCCCCCCCGGGGAGGAGGAGAAGGACGAGGACGAAGCCAUGGAGGGAGGAGGAUCCCAGGAGGAGGAAUCGAGAUCGGCGGCGGCAGGGGUGCCGGCGGGGCUCACGGCGGAGGAGCAGGAGGAGGUCCGGCCGACGAUCGAGGAGUAUCACCGCUACAGGGUGGGACCGGGGCAAUGCUCCUCGCUGCUGUCCCAAAGGAUCCGCGCCCCGGCCGCCACCGUCUGGUCGGUCGUCCGCAGCUUCGACCGCCCCCAGAUCUACAAACACUUCAUCCGGAGCUGCGCCAUCAAGGGCGGCGGCGAGGUCCGAGUCGGCUGCCUCCGCGAGGUCAGCGUCAUAUCCGGCCUCCCAGCGAGCACCAGCACCGAGCGGCUCGACGUGCUCGACGAGGACCGCCGGGUCGCCGGGUUCAGCAUCAUCGGUGGCGAGCACCGCCUCCGGAACUACCGGUCGGUGACGACGGUUACCGAGUUCCGGCCGGGAGGCGAGAUCUGGACGGUGGUGCUCGAAUCGUACGUCGUGGACGUGCCGGAGGGGAACACCGUGGACGACACCCGGCUCUUCGCCGACACCUUCGUCCGCCUCAACCUCCAGAAGCUCGCCUCCGUCACGGAGGCGAUGGCGGCCAAGGCGUCGGCCUCGGCGUCGACCGUCGAUCCGGAGAAAGGGAAGUGAUCCCAGAUCUCUCCCCCCAACCCGUUUUUUUUUAAGAAAAAAAAAGAAAUUAAGAUCGCUUUCUAGCUUUUGUUUUCGGGGUUUGUGAUGUAAUAACGUCGUAAUUCAGUGGGUGAAAUUACUGGCAGUUCCCUGAUAUCUCUCGUUAACCACGGAGACAAACCUUCCGUUUCUGCCAGGGCAGACGUCUAUCUUGUCUAGAAUUGGGGAGGUUUUGGUAAUUUCGCUUUUUCUCUUCA